AAUCUGUAAAGAAAAUAUAAAAAUUUAAAAUUGUGAAUACGGCAUUCACGUAAAUCUAUAAAUAACAAUUUUAUUUUUGUGUGUAAAUUACCAAAGUUGAUAGGUAGCGCUAGCUACCAUACAAAUAUUAUUUUUGAAUGUAAAUUUUGUUGUCUAUUGGUUUAUACUUCCUAACGUCGGGGGCCGACAUCUUCCUUCUCGUUGGAGUUGCCAUGGCGUCCAAGAUCGCCCGAAUUUCUCCUCUAAAACACCAUGCGUGCCGUGCAUAUUCGGUGAGAGUGGCUCCCAAAGCAUCGGUAGCCCACUUCGAAGCCCUGCCCAAGCAGGAUGUAGAGAUGACCACUCUUCCCAGUGGGCUGGUUGUCACAUCGCUGGAGAACUACUCGCCCGUGACACGCCUCGCCAUCAUCGUGAAGGGGGGCGCCCGUUAUGAGGACGGCAGCAACCUGGGAAUAACACACACCCUCCGGAACGCCGCAGGACUGGCAACCAAGAACUGCUCCAAGUUUGCCAUCACCAAGAACAUAGAGUACCUCGGUGCUAACUUGACGGCCACCACAACCCGAGAACAUCUUAUCUACACCCUGGAGUGCAACCGCAAUGAGGUGGGCACCGCCUUCAAGUUUGCGACGGAGGUGGCGCUGUGCCCGGCGUUCAAGCACUGGGAGGUGGACGACGCAGCCCCCACCAUGAAGCUAGACCUUGCCAUCUACAGGCAGAACCAGGAGGCCGUGCUCAUGGAGGCCCUGCACGCUGCCGCGUUCCGCGGAGGCCUCGGCAACUCCCUCUUCAUCGAGGACUUUAUGGUGGGCAAGCACACCCCCAGGGCGCUGGCGGAGUUCACCAAGAACCACGUGACCGGUCCGCGGGUGGUGCUGGCCGCGGUUGGCGCCGAGGGAGACCGCCUGGUUCAUGCGCUGAAGCAUCUGGAGCUGAGAUCGGACCCCGGUGCAGAGUUCCUGCCCUCCAAGUUUGCUGGCAGCGAGGUGCGUCACGAGUUUGGCUCGUCCCAUACGGCGGCGGCCAUUGUGGUGGAGGGGGCGAGCGCCAAGAAUGCCAAGGAGUGCCUGGCCCUGGGCGUCCUCCAGCACAUCCUGGGCACGGGGCCCAGGGUGCCGUACAGCGCCUCCGCGGCCACCAAGCUGGGAGACGCGGCCGCCAAGGUCGCCGAGCACCCUUUUGCGGUUUCGGCACUCAACAUCAGCUACAGCGACACGGGGCUCUUUGGCGUCACAGUGGCUGGACAUCCCAACGAAAUGGACAAGCUCACCAAGGCCGUGAUGACUCAGGUGCGAACAACUGCUCAGAAGAUCAGCGACAAGGACGUUCAGGACGGAAAGACGAGGCUGAAGGCGGCACUGCUGUUUAAGCGUGAGGACCAGACCAACGUGGCGCUUGAGAUGGGUCUGCAGACGUCGCUCUUUGGGCAGGCCUGGGACCCCUCGGAGGUGGAGAGGUCCAUCGACGCCAUCACCACCCAGGACGUGGCCUCCGUGGCCGCUCGAGUCUCCAAGGCCAAGCCGGCAAUGGCCGCCGUCGGACGGCUUCACAAGACGCCCCACGUGGACGAGCUCGUCUAAGACCGCGUCCCGCCACGUAGGGGGCUUCUCUCGAAAGCUAGUUGGAUGCAGACGUAGUCUGUUUGUUGCCGUCUGCUGUGUGGGCCACGUGCAUCGUUGUUGCUUUUCCUGCCUUUUUUUUUUUUUAUUUAAGACGGAGAGCGCACAUGAGAAGAUGGCCAGGCUGCACAAAAAGAGGUACAAUAAAGAACUUGCUUAUCCUGCACUGCGGGCUCAAA